AUGGUCAGCAAGGACUCCGGCAGCUGCCCGCUCACCACGCCCGAGCGGGAAGUGGAAGUGGAGAUGAAAUAUGCACUGGACCCCAACCGACAGAUCAAGAAGCGAAACAAAGCCCUGCAGGUGCGCUUCAAGGACAUCUGCGAGGCUCAGAACGAGCAGCGGGACCCCCAGAUCGCCUCCUCGGGGCCGGGGAUAGAGAGGCCAGAGGCCAAGCCUGUGUCCUGUAGGGCGGCCUACCGCAAGUACAUGACCGUGCCCGCACGCCGCUCCAUCCCCAACGUCACCAAGAGCACAGGGGUGCAGACCUCUCCAGACCUAAAGAAGUGCUACCAGACCUUCCCCCUGGACCGCAAGAAAGGGAGCCUCAAAGGAGGCCCGGCCGCCGAUCCCUGCAGAAGCCAGGACAAUGGCUUCCUCACGGACACCAGGGAGAGGGGCGAAGCGGGACCCCUGGGGGACACCCGGCCUUGCAGCGCGGGCCGCGUCCACAAGACCACCGCCUUGUUCCACUCCCACGAGCAUAUGAACGCUCUGGAACAGCCUUUCGGGGUGAACUGUGCCGAGCCCUUUAAGAACCCCGAGGCGCUCAGCCAUCCCGAUCCUCUGCUCCAGAGCUCCUCCGGGCCACCCUCUGAGGAGCCUGGCCAGCAGCUGGAGGGGGGAGCCAGGCCGGGCAGCGGGACCCCGGACUCCGAGGAGCCCACUCCGCCUGCCCACGGGAGGGUGUUUAAGACCGAGGUUGCUGCGGAGUACCCGCCCGCCGUCUGUGCCAGGACCCCCGAGCCUGGCUUGUCAAACUCUGCUGCAGCCAGCCAGUGGUCCCUCUGCCCUGCGGAGGAGGAGCCCAGGCGCGCUGCCCAGCUCAACGGGCUGCAGAGGCCCCAGGGGCCCGCGCCGGCCUGCUCGCCUCCAGCGCCGUGCCUGUCCCCCGAAUGUAGUGGCCAGACCCCGCAGCCCCAGCCCAGUCCCACGGCCGUGGCGGCGAGUGAAGAAAGCCAACAAAUUGUGCCUCAUACGGAAGUGGUGGACCUCAAGGCCCAGCUUCAGGUGAUGGAGAACUUGAUCAGCUCCAGUCAAGAGACCAUCAAGGUGCUCCUGGGCGUGAUCCAGGAGUUGGAGAAAGGAGAGGCCCACCGGGAAGGGCUUUCAUAUCGGACGGGGCAAGACACAGCUAAUUGUGACACAUGCAGGAACAGUGCAUGCAUUAUCUAUAGUGUGGAGCUGGAUUUCAAGCAGCAAGAAGACAAAUUGCAGCCUGUGCUGAAGAAACUGCAUCCAAUUGAGGAAACUCAGGUUGUACCUUCGCCUUACACACAGGAGACUUACUCCUCGACACCCAAGCAAAAAUCCAAAACUGAGUCCAAAAAGCACGGAAGAUGGAAACUCUGGUUUCUUUAA